AUGAGUGAUCGCAAGGACGAGAUACCCUACCCUAGGCGAGUAGAAGCGGAACUCGCUCGUGAACGACAACAAGCAUCACGUGACAGACGAAGAUUAGGACUGGUUGAACCGAUAUUACCACCAGAGAACGCGAGAUUAGUACAGACCACAGCGAAUAUACGAGCUUUUGAGGAAGGCGAUCCCCAUUAUUACACGACAUCGUCAGAAACGAGUUCGCAGAGACAAGCAGUGCAGGUACAGGACAGUCAGGGUGCAGACAUACCCAACGACUCAGACGGUACAGAAAGUGAAUUGGAAUUUCACGUGGACGAAUACCGUGACGAAAUAUACGAAGACAUGAGCAAGCCAGUAUUGUUUUACGGAAAAGACAACCAACUCGAAGACGUCAUUACGUACUGUACGUUACGAUUCCUUACCGACGACGCCUUUGACGACAACGACAAACGGAAGUCAGCUUAUUUGGGCACAUUGUUACGUGGCCCCGCACUCCGUUGGCUGAGCAAAGAACAAUCAGUGGAUCCGGAAAUUUACGACGAUUACCAGGAAUUUGUCAAGAAAGUCAGGACGGCAUUUGCCAAGACAGAAAAGACCAAGAUACAGGAAGCAUCCCGACGAAUUACGUUCCUUACGCAGAAAUCAUCGGUACAGGCAUAUUACGUGGCCUUCCAGAGAGACGCUGAAGAAUUGAGCUGA